UUCCAGACUUUUCACUUCCUGCGGGACAUCUGUGUGCUGAACCGGGUGCCAAUCAGAUCGAUCCAUCCGAUUUGGGACUCGAACACACGUCUGGAUGUCAACAAUGAAAGUGAAGGUGAGGCAAUGACGGGUGAAGAGUGA